AUGCCGGCUCUAGUUCAAGCACCGCCUGUUACGCAUUUAAAUGCGCCAGAGCCCGAACACUGUCCAGGUACAGAGUCAGAGCAGGCUGGAAAUGCUGAUGCUUGCCAAGGAUGUCCUAACCAAGCCAUUUGUCAGUCUGCUCCUAAGGGUCCAGAUGAAGAUAUCCCUCUUAUAAAUGACCGAAUGUCUGGUGUCAAGCAUAAAAUUCUCGUCCUCUCUGGCAAAGGAGGAGUUGGAAAAUCUACUUUCACAUCUAUGCUUGGAUGGGCUUUUUCGAGUGACCCUGACACAGAGGUUGGUGUUAUGGAUUUAGAUAUUUGUGGACCUUCUAUGCCAAGGAUGAUGGGUGCAAAUGGCCAACAAAUUCACUCAUCCAGUAAUGGUUGGUCACCUAUCUAUGUCAGCGAUAACCUCGGAAUGAUGAGUAUAGGAUUUAUGCUUCCCAAUGAAGAUGAUGCUAUUAUUUGGAGAGGUGCUAAGAAAAAUGGACUGAUAAAACAGUUUCUAAAGGAUGUGGACUGGGGCAACGUCGAUUAUAUGAUUGUUGAUACUCCACCUGGAACCAGUGAUGAGCAUAUUAGUAUAAACCAAUAUUUAAAAAGUGCUGGCGAUGGUAUCGAUGGUGCAGUAGUUGUUACAACAGCACAAGAAGUUGCUCUUUUGGAUGUUAGAAAGGAGAUUGACUUCUGUCGAAAAGCAGGUAUUAAAGUACUUGGUUUGGUGGAGAAUAUGUCUGGAUUCGUUUGUCCUAACUGUAAAGGAGAGUCAUUUAUCUUUGCACCUACAACAGGAGGUGGAGAGGCACUUGCCAAAGAGAUGGGGGUACCAUUCCUUGGCAAAGUGCCUUUAGACCCUAGAAUCGGCAAGUCUUGCGAUCUGGGUGAAAGCUUCCUUGACUUGUAUCCAGACUCGCCUGCUUCGACUGCUAUUUUAGACAUAAUAUCUGAAAUUAGAGAGGCAGUAGAAGGAAAUUAA